AUGGAGGCUGCGGCAUCUGUGGGAAUUCAGACUUUGGCUGGCAUUCCUCCGGGCCAAGGCCCAUACACCAACCAACUUUUUAUUAAUGGGGGAACAACUUUAGGACAAGAACAUGUGCUACCUCGAUCAGUUGAGCCACUAGAGCCACCUGUGAAAAGACCUCGCACCUCCAACAGUGACCUGGGCCAAGCCUCGACAUCGAUUCCCUUUCAGUCACAGCAAUUGUUCGAGGCCCCCGAUGCUGUGCCACAUACAUCGAUAAUCAAUGGUGGGCGAGGGAUCAAUGGCUUGCUUGAAAGUGGAAGCAGCAGUACUCCGAACGAGUCGACGACCUUAACCUCGAUCUCGACCUCAUUGAAAUCUUCAUCUGAGAACAGGGAGUCCACAUCACCUCCUACCACUCCUGCACAUUCUCUCUCGACACCAUCAUUUACCGUGGGAGUGAAUGUCCUGCAAAGCGGCAAGGUCGAUUUAUCGAAAUGCCGGCCUCGGUCUUCCAUCCCAUCCAAAUUGUCUCCUGCUGUCUAUGGUCAGCAAUGUGUUGAGGCGGCAUAUGCAUCCCGACUGAAUCCUUACGCGCUCCAUCGAAAGGAGCAAGAGGCGCUGCAAGACCACCUCUGCCAUAUGCACGUCACGCUAUACCUGAACAUCCGAAAUGGAAUCUUGCGGCUCUGGACGCGAAAUCCAAUGGUAAGCGUCAGCAGAGAAGAGGCUCUGGGCUGUACCAAGGACUACCGAUGGAUGAACCUCGCAUCUUUUGCCUAUGACUGGCUUGCGCGGCACGGAUAUAUCAAUUUCGGCUGCAUCGAGGUGCCCAUGCCUCUGGUAGUCCCCAAGCGCGGUAGAAGGAAGGAGGGUCCAGUCAUUGUCGUUGUUGGAGCUGGUGUGGCAGGUCUUGGUUGUGCGCGGCAGUUGGAGGGCCUUUUUCGUCAUUAUCGAGACGCAGAAACCUCUCCGCGUGUAGUCGUGGUGGAAGGACGCCGACGGAUCGGUGGGCGAGUUUAUUCACACCCUUUGCAGAGCCUCGAGUCAGAAGACCUGCCCUCGGGACUUGUCCCCAAAGCGGAGAUGGGAGCACAGAUUAUUGUGGGCUUUGACCAUGGCAAUCCCCUGGAUCAGAUUGUUCGCGGCCAGCUCGCGCUUCAUUACCACCUGCUACGUGACAUUUCGACCAUCUACGACACUGACGGAUCCCCGGUGAAUGAGGUUCGAGAUGCGAUGGACGAGAAGCUCUACAACGAUGUUCUUGACCGCUCCGGGUUUUACCGCCACAAUGCUGUCAUUACUCCCACUGCUGGAGGCGAUCGUGAAAUGAUUGAUGAGGGGCGCGAGUCGACAGUGAAUGAUGGUCUCACUGUACGACAGUACGAAGACGCGCGAGCGGCAGGAACUAUUGAUCGUUUAGUCCCCACUAAGCGAGUUCGUCGGGGAGUAGGGCACAAGACCGCAGAGAUUCAGCCCGUCAGCGAUAUGGCAGCCGACCUUGCGGGACCCUCGAAACAGCACCCAGCAGCUUUGGCCAGCCAAGCCACAGGAUGGCCCCUGAAUCCGGGAUAUUCGGCUGACGACACCAUCGACUUGAACCACGUCGCCAAUGCUUCCCCCAAGCAAACCCUGGGCGCUGUGAUGGAUGAGGGAGUGAAGCAAUACCAGCGCAUGCUCCCUCUCACUCCGAGAGAUAUGCGGUUGAUCAACUGGCAUUUCGCAAACCUGGAGUAUGCAAACGCGACCAAUAUUGAUAAGCUCAGCCUUUCCGGAUGGGACCAGGAUCUGGGGAAUGAGUUCGAGGGAGAGCACUCGCAAGUCAUCGGUGGUUAUCAGCAGCUACCAUAUGGACUGUACAUGCUGCCCACAAAGCUGGAUGUCCGUACUAACAAGAUUGUGUCGACCAUUUCCUACGAAUCGUCUGAGGCCAGCAGUCGCAAGGCGACGGUCCACUGCGAGGAUGGCGAGAAAUUCAUGGCGGACCACAUUGUGUUCACGGGAUCUCUCGGUACCUUGAAGCACCAAACGAUUCAAUUUGAUCCCCCUCUUCCUGAGUGGAAGCGUGGAGCCAUCGAUCGGCUGGGAUUUGGGAUUAUGAACAAGGUGAUCCUGGUUUUCGAGGAGCCCUUCUGGGAUACUGAACGGGAUAUGUUCGGCCUCCUUCGGGAGCCGACAACGCGUAACAGCAUGGUCCAAGAAGACUACGCGGCAAACCGUGGCCGGUUUUAUUUGUUCUGGAACUGCAUCAAGACGACUGGACUCCCGGUUCUGAUCGCCCUUAUGGCUGGUGACGCAGCUCACCAAGCAGAGACCAUGCCAGACGCUGAGAUCGUUUCAGAGGUCACCGGCCAGUUGCGAAAUGUCUUCAAACACGCCCUUGUCCCUGACCCACUUGAGACUAUCAUCAGCAGAUGGGGCUCAGACCGGUUCACGCGCGGUAGCUAUUCCUAUGUGGCCGCCGCCACGCUUCCCGAAGACUACGAUCUCAUGGCUCGAUCUAUCGGCAACUUGCACUUUGCAGGAGAAGCCACCUGCGGCACCCACCCGGCCACCGUCCAUGGAGCCUACCUGUCCGGACUUCGUGCCGCUUCAGAGGUAAUCGAGUCUGUCACUGGACCGAUUGAAAUUCCGGAACCCCUGGUACCAGAGAAACCAAACGGCAGUCAAGCCGAAACACCUAACGACACGAUCACAGCCGGGCAGAAGAGAAAGGAUAUCUCUACCAGGGCAGUAUCAACCCCGAACCAGAACAUCACUACCCUCAUCACCCCGGCCACCAGCAACAGAAAGCCUAAGCCUCUGUUCUCCACUACACCAGCCACCACCACCACCACCAACAACGCACCCAUGCCGCCGACAUCGACGGCAAAAUCCCGUCGCGACACCUACGACCAAGCACUCUGGACCGCCAUCUACGCUGAGCUCGGCCCUUCACCACCCCGCCCUGCCAAAGCCGCCCUCAAUCCGUUCCUCCUGUACCAGAAGGACUACUGGACCAAAUGCCGCACGCAGUGCGACGACGCGCGCCGCGCCGCCACGGGAACCGAAACGGCCAAAGCCGCCCGCGACGAGAUCCGCCACGCGCUCGGCCAGAUGUGGCGCAAUGCCCCGCCUGCCGAGAAGCAGCCGUAUCUCGACCAAAUCGAGGUCCGGCGUCGUGACAAUGCUACUGCCUUGGAGGCGUGGAAACUGGCUGCUGCCGACUGGGAGCACAGGACGUUCGAGGUUAAGGAUCGCUGGUGUGCUGCCAAUCCCUUUGAGCAGUGGGAUGUUCCCGAGGGCUCGGUCUUGCCACAAUGA